UAUAUUUUUUUCUUUCUUUAGCCCAAAACCCAACCCUAAAAACCCUAGGAAAUCAAUAAUUUGGUUAUCAGAUUUGUUGAAACCCUAAAAAUCUCCCCCCCUUUCAGUAAACCGCACCAUCCUAUCUUCCACAGUUCAUAGGUACAGAGAGAGAUGGGUGAGGAAGUCAAGGCUGUGAUUCCUGAGUCGCUCCUGAAGAAGAAUAAGAGGAAUGAAGAAUGGGAGCUUGCCAAAAAGCAGGAGCUUGAAGCUGCAAAGAAGAAGAAAGUCGAGAACCGCAAGUUGAUUUUCAAUAGGGCUAAGCAAUAUGCAAAGGAGUAUGAGGCUCAGGAGAAAGAGUUGAUUCGAUUGAAGCGCGAGGCAAAGUUGAAAGGAGGAUUCUAUGUGGAUCCGGAAGCUAAGCUUUUGUUUAUCGUUCGAAUCCGUGGUAUCAAUGCCAUGCACCCGAGGACGAGAAAGAUUUUGCAGCUCUUGCGAUUGAGACAGAUUUUCAAUGGUGUUUUCCUUAAAGUAAACAAGGCAACAAUGAACAUGCUUCACCUGGUUGAACCUUACGUUACAUACGGAUACCCUAAUCUCAAGAGUGUGAAGGAAUUGAUUUACAAACGAGGUUUCGGGAAGUUGAAUAAGCAGAGAGUCGCUUUGACUGACAAUGCAAUCGUUGAGCAGGCGCUUGGCAAAUACGGGAUCAUCUGUGUCGAAGAUCUCAUCCAUGAGAUCAUGACAGUGGGUCCUCAUUUUAAAGAGGCCAAUAACUUCCUUUGGCCUUUCAAGUUGAAGGCGCCGUUGGGUGGUUUGAAGAAGAAGAGGAACCAUUACGUCGAAGGAGGAGAUGCCGGUAACCGGGAGAAUUAUAUCAACGAGCUGAUUAGAAGAAUGAAUUAAAAAUUGGUAUUUUUUUCGUUGUUAAAUGGUUCGAUUUCGUAUUUAAAUUUAAUUUUAUUAGAAAGUUAGAAACAAUUAUCUUAAAAAGCAUGAAAAUAUUUCAAUGGUACCAAUAUUCUGCUUUGUGACUUUGCCUUGAGAAA